AUGACUCUUAUGCAUGCUCUUGCCUCAAUGAAUGUUGCUGGAACCGUAUCUCCAAUCAACAAACAAACCCUAUCUGCUUUAAAGGGUAGCGCACUCCUUGGUUCCAAUUCUUCGGCUUCUUGUUAUGACCCAUGCGGUGGUAACAAUGGUGGAGGUGGUCUUGUUGGUGGUCUAUUGGGUGGUCUCUUGGGUGGUGGUGGCAACGGUGGUGGUGGUGGUCUCCUCUCUCUCCAUGCUCAAACAUCUGGUUUAUUGAACGCGAACAUCAAUCUUGAUAUCUAG